AUGGAAUCGUCUUGGCUAAAAGUUUCUUGUUUGUUGUGCGUCUUCGGAUUUCUCCGAGAGCUACGGCCAUCGGAACCAUAUCAUGCCGAGAUCCUGCUGGGCGAGUGGUAUAAUGUGACACAGGAUCAAGUGAAUCGUUCGGUUUAUCCCGUUGGCACUUACUCAUACCUCGCGCUGUUGAUUGUUGUAUUUCUGGUCACGGACUUUCUCAGAUAUAAACCGCUGAUUAUUGCGAACGCAUUAACAGGCAUUGUUAUCUGGAGUGUACUUAUAUGGACAACAACGUUAUUGGGAUUGCAAAUCGUUGAGGUGUUUUAUGGUUUUUAUCAAGCCACCGAAGUGGCAUAUUACUCCUAUAUAUAUGCCAAGGUCGACAAGAAGUAUUAUCCCCGUGUUACCUCACACACCCGGGCGGCGAUGUUCGUGGGCAAAUUGGUGGCUGGUUUAUCAGCACAGCUGCUUAUAAGUCUGGAUUGGAUGAAUUACAAGCAGCUGCUCUAUAUAUCUGCUGGCUCCCAAGUAUUCGCUCUCAUGUGGGCUUUUGGACUUCCAAAGGUUAAGAAGAGCGUGUAUUUUCACCAUAAACCCGACACAGUAGCAAUUCAACAUGGUACAUCUCCAAAUGUUGAACGCCUUGGGCCAGUGGCACUUUUGUGGUCCCACUUUCGCAGCGCCUACUCCAAUCUUAUGGUGUUGCAAUGGAGUCUUUGGUAUGCCAUCGCCUUGGCGGGUUAUCUGCAAGUCACAACAUAUAUGCAGGUGGUUUGGAAAUCCUUUGAUGACGAGCCAACGAUCGUAUGGAAUGGGGGCGUGGAUGCCGCCCUAACUGCCUUAGCUGCUCUAUCCACUUUAUUAGCUGGCUAUCUGCAUGCUGGUCGUUUAAAGUCCCGUGCCAGUUUGUUAACCUUGUCCGUCCUGUCGGUCCUCGAAGGUGGAUGCGUCUUAUUAGCUGCCUGGCCAAAAAACAUAUAUAUAUCAUAUUUGGGAUAUGUCCUUUUUGGAGCAAUCUAUGGCUUUACCAUUACAGUGGCGAGUGCCGAAUUAGCGAGCAGUCUACUUGAGGAUAGUUUUGCCUUGAUCUUUGGCAUUAAUACACUCGUAGCUUUAGCACUCCAAUCGUUGCUCACUCUUGUAUUCGUGUCGGAGAGCACUGGCCUUAACCUCAACACAUUUGAGCAGUUCACUGUUUACGCAUUUUAUUUUAUUAUAUUCGGCAUUGUGUAUUUUCUUGCAGUUAUUGUGGAAUUUCUAUUGCGUCUAGCAAAGGUGUCAAAAACUCAAGUAAUGGAAAUUGAAUAA